UCAGAGAGUACUGUUAUUCUGAGCCAGUCCCACAGCAAUGAAGUGAUUCAUCGCCUAGAUUGCAUUUUAACAGGAUGUUGAUUGAGAGCAUAAGCCAUAUUGAUUUUCCUGAUGGAAACAGGAAAUAGCUGAGUUAGAAAUAAAAUUAUUUGUUGUUCCCGGUGUGAGGAGGCCCAGAGGACUGGCAGGCAAUUGCACACUGAUGAGUGGCACUGCCCCCAAAACACAUCCCCUCUAUCCUGUCCCCUACGGAGACCUGGGAGAGACGUCAUCUGUGGUUGUUAUGCCGCGAAAUGACGCCUGCACUGACUCCCCACCCCCUGUUACUGCAACUUAGCCCCAGUGAUCCAUCAGGGAAGAAGGACUACUACAUCUGCUGCAGCAGCUUCUACAUGAAGAUGGACCCCCAAUCAGUUCAUGUAUCAGUAAGCAGUGUGAUGGGAUUUCAGUCCAUGUAUUUGUUUUCCUAGAUCAUUGGGGCAGCCUAAUGACGGGAUUUGACAGGUCACAGGAACACUUUAUAGGAUGAUAAAGGAUUACCUCUUAUGAAUAAUUAUUUUCACAUUACAAUAUUGAGAAAAUGUUGGAACGAUUUCCUGCUCAUCUAUGUUUGCUUGGCUAUGUUUUGUCUCCAAGGUUGUCUUGUCGGUAGGAGGAAAGAUGUCCCCAUCCCCCUGCAAACACGUACAAACCAAGCCCUCCUUUCCUCUCCUCCUCCAUCCCCUCCCUUCCCUCUAACACACACUCACACUCUGGAGAAACACGUCACUGAGCUUGGGGACUCAGCGGCUCAUUAAGGAGAAGGAUGUGAUAUUCUCAAUCGAGACUGUGAGACUCCCAGCACGCCUAUUUAUAGAUGCAAUAUCUCUAUGGCAGUCACCGUAGCGUUGGCUAAUCGCAGCCGUGGCCCCAGACGCCAAUUAAGAAUGAAACAAAUGCUUUUUAGGUGGGGUCUGCCCCUCCCUUCUGCUAAGGUCCUUCCGUCCGCCACACUGCCUGGUGGGGGAGCGGAUCUGCUUGGAGCGUAUUCCUGCAUCAGGUCGGGAUACAAGGAGGGCGGCAUGCAGAGUGCAGUCAAAGCCCUGCCAUGGCUAUUUUUAAAUGCCCCCCUCUGGAGAGCAAGAGCUAGGUUUCUUAUAUUGUGGUUGUUUUCAUAUGUUUGACUCUGGGUCUGGGAUGUCCGUGGAUAUGUUGAAUUGCUGUGACUCAUAGGGCAUAAAGUUCCACCAGGUUAGAAGAGUGAUGACCAUCCUGUUCCUUACUAUGGUUAUUUCGUACUUCAGUUGCAUGAGAGCUGCUCCCAUGAGAGACGCCCCAGGUAUGCGGGGCCACCGAACGGAAGGCUACUUGGGUGCUGCAGUGACAGCCGGCCGGGGCCACGGGACUCCACAGAGCAGGGGUGGGCCGGGCCAGCAUGGGGGACUGCCCUCGCUCACAGACACGUUUGAGCAGGUGAUUGAGGAGCUCUUGGAGGUGGAAGGAGAAGCAUCUCAGCUGGGGCCUGGAGCUGACAAGGGCCAGGGAGGAGGGGGUCCUUCCUCUGUGGUCACCACGGAGACCAAGGAUGUCGACCUGUAUGCAUCGCGGGUGAUGAUCAGCAACCAAGUGCCUUUAGAGCCACCGCUGCUUUUUCUCCUGGAGGAAUACAAAAACUACCUGGACGCCGCUAACAUGUCCAUGAGGGUACGGCGGCAUUCUGACCCGUCGCGGCGUGGCGAGCUGAGUGUGUGUGAUAGUAUUAGCCAGUGGGUGACAGCUGUGGACAAAAAGACAGCAAUAGACAUGUCUGGGCAGACCGUUACCGUCCUGGAAAAGGUCCCUGUCCCCAAUGGCCAACUGAAGCAAUACUUUUAUGAGACCAAAUGUAACCCUAUGGGGUACACAAAGGAGGGCUGCCGUGGAAUAGACAAGAGGCAUUAUAACUCCCAAUGCAGGACAACCCAGUCCUACGUGCGAGCGCUCACCAUGGAUAGCAAAAAGAAGAUUGGCUGGCGGUUUAUAAGGAUAGACACAUCAUGUGUAUGCACAUUGACCAUUAAAAGAGGAAGAUAGUGUAUAUAAUGUAUAGAUUUUAUUGAAAGUUUAAAAAAGAGAGUAAAGAGAAAAUAUCUAUUUGUAUAUAUACAUAACAGGGUAAAUUAUUCCGUCAAAUGAAAAUUUUAUGGACUGCAUGUAAAAAAAGAUGACGUUUAUACAGUAAAAGUGAUACUACAGUCUAUUUAUUGAACAUAUUCAUGACCUUGUAAACAAUUAAAAAAAGAUCUGAUCAGUCA